GCUCUGGUCAUUAUACUAGUCAAGGCGUUCGAUUAAAUAAACAUUUAUACAACGGAAAAUAACAAAGAUAUUAUUGCAUUUUAAUAACAUUCCAAAUUAAAACCACUCUAAUUGAUAUUAUAUCGCGCCUUAAAAACAACGUCGUUGGACUAAAUAUAUUUUUCAAUGUUCGUUAUCGUUGGCAUACCGCAGGGGAGUAAUUUCGGUCCUAUAUCAUUCAUGCCGUUCUAAUCCGCCGAUGAUGGCUCUCAGCGUGAAACAAAAACAACUGAAAUAGACAAUCUAUCGCAUUCGACAGCAGUUCAAUAUUGCCAGUGAAUAAAGUUAGAUUGAUAGUGGAUUUGAAUUUGAAAUUUUUAGUGUUAUUGGUGUUAUAGAAGGGACAAUGGGGUGUCAGUUGACGAAAUUGGCUGCCUCGGAGGUGAAUCAUGAUGCUUUGGACCGACCACCUCCCGAGGCGGAUCCUAGGUCACCGCUGACCACGAAACAACAAUACUGCAUGCUGGCUUCGUGGAAAGGAGUCUUCAGGCAAAUUGAGAAGACUGGAAUUAUACUGUUUAUAAAGCUAUUCGAAGAAAACGAAGACCUUCUUCACUUGUUCGAGAAAUUUGGUGAAUUGAAGACGAAGGAAGCCUUCGCCAUAUCACCCGAGCUGGUGGAACAUGCGACCAAGGUGAUGCACACUCUGGACGAGGGAAUCAAAGGACUGGCAGACAUUGACACGUUCCUGCUAUACAUCAGACAUGUGGGGGCUACGCAUCAUCAGGUGCCUGGGUUCAAGGCGGAGAAUUUCUGGAAAGUGGAGCAGCCUUUCCUUGAAGCGGCGAAGACGACAUUAGGCGACCGAUACACCCCAAACAUAGAGAACAUAUACAAACUCACCAUCAGGUUUAUACUGGAGAACUUGGUGAAAGGAUACGAAGACGCAGGCCAGAAAAACGGAGACAGACAGACUUGACAGAAUAUAUUUGAAUUCGUGAUGGCCGUUCUAAAUGUCAUUAUAUUGUAAGCAUUUUGGUAAACUCAGGCUGCUUAAAUGUAGGCUAUCAAUAACCAAAAUAAAAGUCUAUAAUCAGAUAUAAAAAUACUCCGGUAAUAGCCUUUUUUUUUGGUUAUUUGGUUAACGUUUUUCAAUUUGUGUAUUCGACUGCGUUAUAUUUAUCCUGCAAGAUGUUUUGACCAAAAUGACCAACUCACAACUUGUUCGAAUCACGCUUGACAGUUUUUUUGUGGAAUACGUUGACCAUAAAAGGAUUACACAAUUUAUAUUAUUAUUUCCCGCAAGAAGGAUUUUGGCGGCCUGAGUAGACUAAAAACCAUAAGUAUACUAAGCGAGCAUACGUAAUUUAUAAUUUGAUAAGAAUUAUGUUAGGU